UACGUGUAAACUUCAUACAGGAACAACGACAGAGAAAUUCUAAAAAGUUUGACAACUGACACUCUGUUGAUUACGUAUACAAUUACUACUGGUUACCGAUGUAGAUAUCGUCUGGAUGCAGCAAACAAACGAUAGGCAUUUUAAGACACCAAUGUGUGGCCUCUUAAAAUCAGGGUGAAUAUAUUUCAAUGUUUAAUGAAUGGGCAGAUACCUAAAUAAUACCAGUAUGCUGUAAAGCAGGGAGGUCAAGAGUUGACGAAACAGAUGCAAUGCUAACUCAGUAGAUGAAAUUGGGACUGUUCAUGUGAGGAGGUGUGAGAUGUGUCAUCUCAAGUUCAACUAGGUACCUCAUCUGAUAUGAAGAGCAUUUAAUCGCAGUGGAACCGAAAGAACACAGAUCUGAGAGGCCAUUGACGACAUUAUAGUUGACAAUAGAAAGAGUACAGUAAGCAGUUUAACUGACACUGGAAGGCUUCAAAUAUUUUAAUGAGCUAAACGUUAGGAUUUGACAGUAGGUGGGGGUCCUGGGGAGCAAAUCUCGAUAAAUGCAACUGUGUGGGUUUUAUUAAUUCUAAUGACAUACUUUUAUGAUGUGUGACGUCAAACCGGUCAAACACUAUGACCGGUUACAUCAAUUCUCCGGCCAAGCCUAUCACUAUACAACAUCGGCUGUAUAUUAUCAACAAAGCCGGGACUGGAGAGGCUCACUACAUUGUCCUCACACCAGACCAUUCAGACAUCCUGUCGUACAAUGUCAAAACUGACCACUGGAAAAUCACCAAAGACAUCUGCAACUUCGGAGUUGCAGAGGUUGACAACCUGCUCUAUAUAUUUGGAGGGUAUAAUAAACGAACUGCCAGGCAUCUGGACGCAUGCUUCAGAUAUAACCCAUUUGAGGGCAUAUGGUCUGUGUUACCCUCCAUGCCAAGGCCACGUGCGAAGUUCUCUACCGACGUACUAAAGGGAAAGAUCAUAGUUACCGGUGGAGAGCUGCCAGAUGGACGACAGUCAGUCAUGUGUGAUAUGUUUGAUCCAGCCAAAAACUCAUGGACGGAACUGCGCCCUUUGAUAUCGCCUCGCUCAAACCACGCAUGCGCUGUAUUCAAUGACGAGCUGUACUGCGCCGGGGGAUGUAACGGGAACCAAUUUCACAAUAACCUAUGGGUAUAUGAAGGACAGAAGUGGCAGGAGCUGGACAAGGAGUGUCCACAGAAACUACCUAUUAAUUUGGACAGAUUCGCAAUGGUCAAACAAGGACGAUCAUUUUACUUUAUUGGUGGUGUUUCCUGUAAAAAGGAUAGAGAUUUUCCUGGACGCUUCAAGUUUGUGACAGAGAGACGUAUAUUUUCCUACGCCACCACUGUCUCUGCUCUAGAGGAAACUCAAAAUGAUUCAAUGUCAUCCCGUCUUGUGUCCCCAUGGUGUAAUAAAUUGCCGACUAUGACAUUCGCCCGUCACAGUGCCGGUGUAGCAGCAAUUGGUCAUAAACUAUACGUUUUUGGAGGGUCAGUAUUAGAGACAGGCCAACAGGUACGAUUGGUGGAGUGUUUUAACACCGCCACCGGGGAGUGGGAGGACGACUUCCGGUUCAGGAAAGGUGAUGUUUCCAAUGUGACAUGCGUAGUACUGGAGGUUCCUAACAAACAAGAUGAUGAGCAAGUGCACUACAAACUAAAGUGGGUGUUAUGGUGACCACAACAAAUACCAAGCGUCUGUGUGACAAUUGUGCUCUAAGAAACGCUUGGAUAGUCAAUGACACCAACACUUUGAUUGUUCAGUUAGAAUCAAUGUAUUGUGCAUGCUGUCACAGAAAGGAAAACUAUAGCACUUUGGGCCUACAUGUAAUGAAAUGAUGCAUAUUUGACCGAAGACUUCAGCCUCAAAAUGUAGUCUUCAUUUCACGACAUGAUUUCAUUUUUAGUUCACGUAUAUAAUUCAACUGAGGAAAUUUGAAAGGAAACAAGCUGACGUAAUAAAGGAAUUAUACACAAGAAUGUUCCUUUUUGAAACUGAAGGUUGAAAAUAUUUCCUUUGUUGAUAUUUCAUUGUUUUAUCAAAAUACCGUGACAUUCAUCAAUUGCAUAUGACAUAAAAAUUGAUAAAAGUAAUAUUACUUUAACAAUGAAUAUUUGCAGAUAUGCUCGCAUUCAGUAAUUGACGUCAUGCAAUAACUUUUUAAAUGUAAAGUCGAAACGUCACUACGUAAUCUACAUGUAUGUUGUAACGAUGACGUCAUUACUGCACAACACUUGUUAUUACAUGAUGCAAUACGAAUAUGACUUAGAUGUUUUCAGUACCAUAGCUAUGCAUAUAGUAAUAUCUCACAUACUUCAUUUAUCGUCGAUCUCGAGGUCUUCCAUUUGAUACAUAACCUAUUCAUUUUACAUUUAAUAAUUUAUGCUGAUAUCUGCCUAAUGAUUAUAAGGCAGCAACUUUUAAAGUAUCUUAAUGUUGAAGCACUUGUUAGGCCUGAUAGUGGUUCUUAAGAACUACGUUAUUGUAAAGAUUUUGUGAUUGCAGCAAUGAUUGACAUUAAGGUUUAGCCUACAAGUUAUACUUUGAUAUGUUGAGUUCGAUUAGCAGAGUUGAAAGAGAAGAAGUAAGAUCCAAUUUCAUUUUAUUACUUUUUUUAUUUAUUUUUUUUUAUUUUUUUUUUUUUAUUAUUUUAUUUUUUUUUUUCUAAAGAUCUGAGUAAAAAAUUGUCUACUGAUUACCUGUGUCAUUCCAACUCAACACUUAACACACGUUUAGGGCGCGUGUGUCCUACAUGGUAGGUGGGGACAAGUAGUUUUUAUAGGAAUGGUAUAUCAUUUAAUUUUGAUAUCUACACAGAUUUUUACUGCUUUGUUAAAUAUCCUCAUCUGAAAUCAGAUUUCGUACCGGUCUGCAUCUAUUGUCGGGUUGUUUAACAAUAUAAAUUCGUGGAGAAAGAAUCAAGAUAGCCUAUCAAGGUAAAAGUGCAAAUACCGUUCAUCAUCCUUUAAAGAGGUACCCAUUAGAUAAAAAUAAUGAUUACUUUAUCCUAUUCAAAUACGAAAUAACAAAUGUCAUAGUCUAAUUAUUUACUAGUAAUGUUUUGGUUAUCAAAAUAUCCAGGAUAUGGUUUGAAUUGAUUUUAACAAUAAUUGAUCCAUCAGUGUUUAAAUAUUUAUCUGAAUGUGUCGUUAAGAAUAUGGCUCCAGGUAUAUAAUGCCACACAGCCGUUCUAUCAUUAUUAUGUACCGUUAAAUUGAUAAUCUACUAUGAUCCUAAACUUCGAAGACAUGAUUAUCAGUAUUGUCGUCAUAGAUAUAUUAUAAUAUCGUAUGGGAUGAUUGGAGAAUCACUUUUACAUUGCUAAAGGAUGAAUGUUAUUACAAGAUAUUAAGGAUGCUGAUAUGUGUAUCCUAUUGUUUAUCGACUUUUUGAAACGAGCUAUAUGAUUUACAUGCUUGUCGACUUCCAGGAACAUAAAUGGUUUACACUGCCGGUGAAUGCUGUUGUUACAGAUAUGAAUUUUGCAGCAUUACUCUUUAAAUAGAAACAAGUCAUGCAUAGUAUGGGUAAUAAGGUAUAGUGAUGAUAUUGUUUUCUUGAAAUAAAUGUGAUUAUAAUAUGAAUAGUUGUAUAUUCACAAAAUAAUUAUGUACUCUAACUUGUCACUAUGGAAUUGAAAAUUGUCUGUCGUUCCGGCUCAAGUAAUAAUGCUCUUAUGACAAAGGACAAUCUUUUAAAUGAUGAACGCGCACAGUAAUUGAUCCUCUACGACCUAGUGCCGGAACAUGUCAACGUUUUAAAGAAGACUAUUUAUACAUGUUAGCGAAUAUUGUUAUAUUCUCUUUUGUGAAGCCGCCCUUCUAAAAGAAGCAAAAUUUAAAUUAUGUCUUUUUUUAAAGUUUUUAAUCGAAAUUUGAUAUAAUCAGUUCUUUUUACUGUCAAAUUAGUUAGAUGAAGAUUAAAAAUGCUACAACAGA